UCUCUCAUCCGGACCCCGCCCUGAGUCUCUGUGUCCCGUCAGGCCGACCGCGUCUCGGUUCAUCCGUCUGCUCAUACACAGACACACUCACACAGGGACACACAGACAGACACGUACACACAGACAGACACGUACACAGAGACACGUACAGACACGUACACACAGACACGUACAGACAGAGACGUACACACAGACACACAGACACGCAGACACGUACACACAGACACAGAGACACGUACAGAAAGAGACACACAGACGCAGAGACACGUACACACAGACACGUACACACACAGAAACGUACGCACAGAAACGUACGCACAGACACACACACAGACACACACAGACACGUACACAGAGACACACAGACAGAUACAGAGACACAGCGGCGAGAAGAGGGGAGAGCGGAGAGAUUGCGGUAGACGGAGGUGACAGCAAGAGAUGUGGGAAUAACACCUGGAAGAGCCACACCUCAAACACAUGGCCAGAAAUAAGUGCAAUGGAUUAUAGGAACCCAGACUCGGGAUCUCAAUUGCUCCUCCUCAGUUCCAGGAACCCCAUGUAUGAAGAUCUGAAAUGAGUGAUGUGAUGUUAUAAAUUCCUGAAACAAAACUUAUUUUCCCAAGCUACUGGGAUGAGGGAUACCUUAAUCAGAUAUUCUGGAACAAUAGUUGCCAUGUCCUGAAAUUCUGGAAUAAGCAAUUGCCUGCAAUUCCCAGCGCAGGGAUAUCACCUCCAAAGUCCUUGGCUCCACAUUUUGCACACAGCCGGUUGAGUCAUUACUGCCUUGGAAAGAGGCAAGGUCUCACAACAGCCGUUUUUGGAAGGACGUACACAUUUGUCCCAUUUAUUGUUAUUUCAAACCAGUUCGAAUUGAACAAAGAAAAAAUUCCAACAAAAAGUGAAUCAGAAACUUAGCAAUAGUCUCCUUGCUCAAGCAAGUGUAUGCCAGUCCCCAUCGCCUUCGGCGUGCUGAAGAUGCCGCAAGCGCCGAGCAUUUAAUUGAACAAAAGUUGACGAGUGGAGCUGAAGGAGACCAGAGCGAGAUUUCUGGAGGUGUCAAGGGGAGAGCAAGGAGAAGAGAGCGACGGUGGUGGAACGAGGAGGAGGACGGUGGAGUCUCGCGGCGGGUGACUCGGGUAUGCUGGUUGGUGGCGAGGUCGCGACCUUACGAAAGUGAGCGAGAGGAAGCCAUGAACUCUGCGGAGCAGACGGUGACAUGGCUUAUCACGCUGGGUGUGCUGCACUCGCCCAAGAAGCGCGUGUCCGACCCGGGCGCCUUCCUGCAGCGCUCCCUGCGCGAUGGGCUCGUGCUGUGCCGCCUUCUGGAUCGCCUGCUGCCCGGCUCGCUGGAGACAGCCAAGGUGUUUCAGGAGCCCAAGGCGGAGGCUGAAUGCGUGAGCAACAUUCGCGAGUUCCUCAAGGGGGUUUCUCAUCUGCGGCUCGAGCUCUUCGAGCCCCAUGACUUGUACAAGGGACAAAACUUUGACUGCGUUCUCAACACGCUGGUCGCACUGAAUAAGGCCACAGCUGACAUCGAGGUGAGCGGAGAGCCAGGCGGCACUCGCCGCUCCACUCACCGCAACAAAUCCGUGGACUCUGCCUCGGUCCCCCGCUCCUCCAGCACCACGAGCCGCCCCCCACAGCGCCAGUCCAAGAGCCUGGUGAGCAGCGCGGAGAUGACAGAGAGCGGGGGAGGCAUGGUGGUGCGUGCCAAGUUCACGUUCCAGAGGACCAACGAGGACGAGCUGUCGUUCGAGAAGGGCGACGUGAUCACGGUGACGCGCGUUGAGCAUGGCGGCUGGUGGGAGGGGGCGUUCAAUGGCCACACGGGCUGGUUCCCCAGCAACUACGUGCGCGAGCUCAAGGCCUCCGAUCGACCCACAUCACCAAAGGCUGUGGGCUCAAAGGGUGGAGCCAAACCCCCCGAGAGCCCUCCAGCUGCCAAGGGCUACUAUGACGUGGUGGUGAAGAACAUCGUGGAGACUGAGCAGGAGUACAGCAAGGAGCUGCACUGCCUGCUCGCCACGUUCCUACGACCCCUGCAGGCCAGCGACAAGCUGCCGCCAGCAGACGUGGCGCUGCUGCUGGGGAACUUGGAGGUGAUCGCCAGCUUCCAGCAGAGCCUGGUGCACAGCCUGGAGGAGUGCGCCAAGCUGCCAGAGGCGCAGCAGCAUGUGGGCUCCUGCUUCAUGAGCCUGCGCUCGCAGAUGGAGACGCUCUACCUGGAGUACUGCGCCAAUCACCCCUGGGCCGUCAAGGUUCUGCAGGACAACAGGGAGAUGCUGGGGGAGUUCAUGGAGAGUAAGGGUGCGAACAGCCCUGGGAUCCUGAUGCUCACCACGAGCCUCAGCAAACCGUUUAUGCGGCUCGACAGAUACCCAACUCUCCUCAAGGAGCUGGAGCGGCACAUCGAGGACACUCACCCGGACAAGACGGACAUCCAGAUAUCUAUGACCGCGUUCAAGGGCCUCUCGGCGCAGUGCACAGACAUGCGCAAGCGCAAGGAGCUGGAGCUGCAGAUGGUUACGGAGACGAUCCAGGGCUGGGAGGGGGAGGGGAUCCGCUCGCUGGGCGGCGUCCUCUUCGUGUCCCACGCGCUCGUGCAGUGCGCCGGCAGCGACGAGCGGAGCGAGCGGUACCUCCUGCUCUUCCCCACUGUUCUCCUGAUGCUGUCAGCAAGUCCUCGCAUGAGCAGCUUCAUUUACCAGGGCAAGUUGCCGCUCACGGGCAUGACGGUCACGAAACUGGAGGACACAGAGAUCGUGCGGAAUGCAUUUGAAAUCACAGGGAGCAUGAUAGAAAGGAUCGUGGUAUCCUGCCAGAGCCCCCAGGACGCGCAACAGUGGAUAGAGCAUCUGCACCGGCAAACCAAGGGCCCCGCUGCAACAUGCAGCACUCCCGGUGCCAAGACGGCGCCCUCGCACAAUCUCCCAUCACCACCCCCGUCCCACGCCUGUAAGACCUCAGAUUCGGGGCCCAAAUCUCCGGCGCUUAACCCUGGAUACCACACCCUGCCGCUAGCCGGGGCCCACGGGGGCCACGGGGGCCACGGGGGCCACGGGGGGGGAGCCUUGUCGGCGGUGUCGCGGGCCCCUCUCGAGCCCCCCCGUCUCGCCAAGCCCUGGAGCCUCAGCUGCUUGAGGCCGGCGCCGCCAUUGAGGCCCUCGGCAGCGCUAAUCUACAAGGAGGAUCUCAGUAAGAGCCCCAAGGCCGUGAAGAAGCUGCUCUCCUCCCGCAAGACGCGGAAACCAUCAGACGACGACCCCACGCUACGCAAAAGCACGGCGGUGGCGCUGGAGGAGGAUUCUCAGAUCCUGAAGGUGAUCGAGGCGUAUUGCACCAGCGCCAAGACGCGCCAGACGCUCAACUCCACCUGGCAAGCGACUGAUCUGAUGCACAACCACGUGCUGCUGCCGCCCCCUGAAGGGGCAGGCUCCCGGCGGGGGUCUCUGUCGGGCCCCGCCGAGCACCCCGGAGAGCAGCCCCCCCCAGCGGAGAGCGACAGCGUGUGGCUGCCCCAGAGCCAGCCGCACCAGCAGCACCACCACCACCACCAUUCACACCAGCAGCACCAUCACCACCACCAGCAGCACCAUCACCACCAUCAUCACCAGCAGCACCAGCAGCAGCAGCAGCCACAACAGCCACAACAGCUGCAGCAGUCACUGCAGCAGCCGCAGUACCCACUGUACCGCAGUCUGCACAGCACUCGGCGCACACACUCAUACAUUCACCACCAGAACUAAGAACACAGAUGGGCACUCUCACUGACAUACACACUCACUGUGACAGACACACACAAAGACAAAGAUCUCCCAUUUUAGCCUCAACAGACUGUUGGGGCAAGGGCUGUUAACGAGCCGGCGUGGCACACGAGUUUUUGGGUUGGCUAUGGUCACCUUUUAACAUUUCACCAAGUACUCAUUUGAGGCUAAGUCGACCUAGGGGAGGCCCAGGACUGGUUAAGAUAAUAGUUACUGAUGUUGGCCGGGAAUCGAACUCGGGUUGCUGUGUUCGUAGUGCAGCGCGCAAACCGCUACAUGACCGCUCCCCACAUUGGGCACAUAUAUACAUGCAUCCACACAUGUACAAAUCACAUUCACACAUACCUGCGUGUACAUGUGUAUACAUGCAGAUUGGCAAACACGCAUUGGACAAAUGUAUGCUGAGACAUGCACACACACCAAUAUGCAUGCAUGCACAUACGUAUCCACACAGGUUCAGAGAUAUGCAGGCUCCCUGGGUCUCGCAUAAUUCACUGCAUACUGAUAAUUAAAUCUCUGCACACACACAUCUGCGUAUUCACAUCCGUGCAUGCACUCUUUCCACUCGUGGAGCACAUCGGCAGUUUUGAUUCACAUGCAUGACCUUGCACCGAUUGUGUAGGCAAGCCCCCCGUGCGCAAGGUCUGCACACCGCUGUACACACAGACACCUUGCGCACGCACACUGACUGCACCCCGCACUCGCCACAAUUAUCCAUACACACCGAAGUGUGUUUAUACACCUCUUAGUACAAAGACAAAGAUCCCUUGUAUAGCCUUUACAGACUGUUAGGGCAAAUGCUGUGAGCGAGCAUCUACGAAGGCCUGCACAGGCACACAAAGGGAUGGGUGGCCAGUACCACGCCCGGCCGCCUUUAUUUCCCGAGUGGUGAUGUUUACACACCAAGGCUGAGUAGAUUUAGGGGAGACACAGGACUGGUUCAGAUAAUCGUCACAGAUGUUACCCCUGAGCAGGAAUCGAAUUCCCGUCGCCGGGUUCGUAGCACAGCACGCAAACUGCAGCAGUCGGAUUAGCACGGUUGGCCACGUAUGUUGCAAGAAAGUUCAACGUACAUUCACAUCCCUUCAUAUACACAAACCUUCAUAUACACAAACCUUCAUAUACACAAACCUGAGUAGACACUCCUGGGUGGACACACGCACACUUGUGCGUACAAGCACUCGCACACACGUACCGACUUGUACCCACACACCAAUAAAUAGCACACACGCCUAUAUUAACACUGAACAGGAAACAGAAACGUAGUGGGACUAGAAGUGGUGCUGUUUGUGAGUGAGUUAGGCACUUAAUGAGCUCUCUAAUGCGGGAGCUGUCUCACUGCCCACAUGCAUGGUGCUGACGUGCAGAAUUCGUGUCGUCGGUGCCUGACAGAAUCGCUCAUCUGCGAAAAGUAUCACCAUGAUCUGUGGCGCGUUAAACCUGUGCACACCACUUUGCAUUAUGGGUAUUUAAUUCCGAGGGUCGGAGCACUCGGCAAGAUUUGCGGGGUGGGGGGUGGCGGCUGAGCCGCCCUUGCCCUGUGUGGUUGAACUCGGAAGUUCGAAUCUCGGUGGCCACUGUGACGAGUUUGGCCUCUCGGAGACUCCCUCGCACAUGCGAGUGGGCACACACAGCCUGGGCUAAUACGCGUGUAAAAUAGAAGUUGUUUUAAGGGUUUGAACCUGUGCAGAUGCACAAAUGCGUGUUUAAAAUAUUUCAGAAUGCGAACAGCAGAUAUCGGCUGCUGAGAUGAGAUUUGUGCACUUUUGUACUCAAUAGGCCUCCUGUUAAGUCUAAACAAUGGACGCUCAUUUGCAGCAACCAAUGGUAACCACACACAAGAUGUGAUGGAAUAUUCGCCUCGUUAGUCAUGUCGCCGUGCGCCCCUGUGUUGCCCUUGAUUCCUGUUUUACUUUGGUAAUGUCAUGCCCCAAGGGGUUGUGCUGUGGACGUUAUGGGCGGCGGGAGGAUUUGACGACUUACACUGACUCGGGUUUCUCUAUGAUGCACGCGAAUUUGUCACCAGUCGCUCCAAUCAGCAGCCAGUGUAGCAUCCCCUCGACCCCAUCGGAACCCCGACUCAGCCGAGACAGAACCCUCCUCUCGAUACAGAAACUGUGGCUCGUUUGGGUGCUCUUGUUUGGCUCCUCAGUUGUCUUAUGGCCGUAGCCAACUGCACUAAUUUCUGUGUCGCUGUAUUAACAACUGCGGUCAUCCCAGUGAUACACACAUCAGCUCCAUAGUCUCUUCAGUGCGUGCUUUUGGAAGCAACCAAUUGAGUUUCUCCUGGUUGCGACCAAACAUGAAAGAAAGCUACAACCCCAAACGAUAAAAAGCUCUUCUCUAAUAGAUACACUUAUUCUACUUGUCCCGGACUGUUCCACACAAGCUUGAAGCGUUGUUUAUGAAAAAAUAAUCAGUUAAGUUGUGUUGAUGGGCACUCGAGUACUGCCACUCCAGUGGCUUAUUGUGAAGUGUGCAAGGCCACAGUGACAUCACUAGAGUGACUGCUGACGAUCACAGAUCGGGAUGAGUGCAUGAGUCAUUACAGCCAUAGCUGCUGCUGACACUCAUAAACAGCAAUAUUCAUAAACCUGAAAGGACCUUAGAACAAACGAUGUCUGUUGACGGAACAAUUGGCUAAGAGAUCGCUUGUGAAAUAAUGCUGCUUAAGUUGGUGGGGCCACGUACACCACAUCGGUGAGGAGGCCGCAGUGAAGUCGCUUUGUCCACGCACCAAUGCUGGAUGAGGGCCUUCAUGCGGGUCCCAGAAAAUAACAAAGGAGAGAAUGAUGAGGCUGGAAGUAAACAGCGCAGAUGCAAUUUGCAUCUUCUGGUGUCACAUGGAAAGCGGUCUGAGUGAUGGUGACACAAGACUGCGACAAGUGGGGGCAUUGGAUUGCUCUAAGUAGCAACCUGCUUGCUGUACUGUGACGCAGGAUGGUCUAUGUUACUUAUUAUUCUUAAUUAUUCGUGUUGUUCUGCACCUGUUGGAGAGAGACCUCAAAUGGUGGUGCGCCGUAGCCAUGCGGCGUGACGAGUGGUCUGGACCGCGACAACUUGGGGCGUAGGAAUCCUCGGAUUCGGCGAUCUCAUCCUUGACUCGGCCAAACUCAGGCAGCCCGCUGAGGAUUACAGGAGCAGCGGGAGAAGCGUCCACAGGCGGCCCUGUGCACGCCUUGUUUAGUUUGCGUGCGAGGACCUCGCUAUCGCGGUGCCAGGGUGGUGCCAGGGUGGUGCCAGGGUGGGUUUGGUGCCAAGGGGGUUUGAGACGUCGGGACCCGAGUGGCUCCGCCCAGCGGCUCUGAGUGAUGCAGGAACCGGGUCUUGGGUCAUUCGCCACGGUUUCAACUCGUUGCCAUUUUUUCAAUCAAAAGUUGUUUGGAAAAUUGAUUGAAAGAAUGGAAAUGUCUACGUCCUUCCAAACAACGCACUCUACAUGUCUACGUUUUUCAUAAUUUGUAAAAUGUGUUUGGGAAGCAGUGAAUUCGUUUUAUUUCCAGGAAGUUGUACAUGAUGGAUUCCGUCCAACAAUAUCUCUUUGUAAUCAGGACACUACUGUAAAAACAAAGCAUUGAUCACAGUAAAUGUUGCCAGCAGUUGCUGUUUAAGAAAUAGUAUUCCUUGUUGUAAAAUGAUACUAAUUUCUAUGAAUAGACUUUCAUUGCAAUAAGCCGAGUUAUUUCUCCUGCAGAGAUAAUUGAGUUGUCACUGUCCAGCGCUGCCACUCUGCAUCAGCUCUGUGCUACUUCCCUCAUCAUCAAGAGCCGUGAUCAAUCCACUGCUGGAUGAAGGCAUUUCAAAACCAUUUCAAAACCAUUUCAAAACCAUUUCUACGUAUCAUGGCCCUGCGAUGUAACAAUCCAGCCAGCACACGAGCUGGUAUACGUCCUCUCGUAAGGCGCCGCGUUCCCUCUUUUGGCUGACACUCCGUCAUUCGUAUCGAUCGUCGGCCACCGUCCCGACUUCUUGCCGUGGCGCGUCCCGCCCACGCCAGCUUCUCUUAACGCUCAAUACGAUGUCAUUAACUUGAGUGUGUCCUCUAAUCUUUGUGUUCUACUUGCCGUCUCACAAUGUUAUUUCCAGUAGAUUUAACACAGGUGCGCAGAUCACAUACAAAAGCUCUCAUCCCUAUUUAGACGUCGAGCUCAAUAGUGAAUGCGUGGCCAAUUUGUCAUUUUGACGGCCAACUCAGUUUAGAGAAAGUGUAUGUAUGUAUAACACGUCGGCUUUCGUGACCAAUAUCAUCCAUAAUAGAGGGUUUUUUUGGGUUAGAUCGCUUAGUGCUGCGUGGAAACGAAUAAUCAAUACAUUGUGCAAAUGAAUGGCUACAAAGGGCAGCAUACUUCCAUAGGAAUUACCGUUGAUACAUCUAUUUAAUACACAAUAGACAGGAAGGACAAGUUCAAAGGCUCGCAUAAUGCAUAAUGUACGUUGCCUCAGUAAUUCCCCUCCCCCCCCCACGUGGCGCAAGAGUGCAGAAGCGUGGUCAACACAUCUACGUCUCUAUAUAAGGAACAGAACAGUUAGACUUCUGCACAAAUCUGGCUGUCGCCUGAUGAAGCUAUUUGUAAUUACUGGCGAAACGUUGUACUCAGAUUGUAAAUGUUGUGGCUUCGCUCCCUCCAACACACCGGUGUGCUGUACUAGUGACGAAUUGGCACGUUCUGUUUACUUAACAACCCUUACUAGUUGGCUGUGUCGGGUGGUGGGAGGUUUUAACGACACAUUUACGCGUUAUAACCCAAAAAACCUCGGAUGGAUGGAUGUAUCCAUAAUAGAGGUUUUUGGGAUAGAUCACGUAAAUAUAAAUGUCGUUAAACCCACCACCACCCGACAGUCAAUUAGUGAGGUUUGUCACGUGAACAGAACAUGUCGAUUGGUUACUAGUACAGGGCACACCGGUCUGUUGGAGAAUGAACCCACAACAUUUGCAAUUCGAGUACGACAUUCUGCCAGUAAUUACAGGCGACAGAGUUGUGGAGAAAUCCUCCGGUUUCGGUCUUAAAUAGAGGGAUACAUAGGAUGUCACUUGUGAGCCAAUCAGGUACGAAGGCCAGAAGGGGGGUUCAUGUCUGCAUGUAAAUUACAAUGGAUAUCCAGCCGAACACACUCGGGUACGAAUUGGUGUGUUUAGUUUACGUGACAAACCUCACUAAUUGGCUGUGUCGGGUGGUGGCAGGUUUAACAAAACAAUGCGAUUUAACCCAAAAACCUCUUAUGGAUAGUAUUUGUCGCGAAAGCCUGUGUUUUAAACUGUGUGUAUGUAUGUUGAACGUCUUUCACACUGUACGUUGCCAACCGUUCUAACCGGAGGUGCUCAAGGGGCCAUCCCAACAGGAAGCAGUCUGAUUUGGUUGCUUAAAUAACAAUAUGGCCACAUUCUGUUAUUAUGAGCUGGUGGUCUGGAUAGGGCUGAGAGAUGUUGUCCAUGUGAUGCUGCACACCGCUGUGCUGUCAAAUCUCGUUAUUCCCAGCCUGCAAUGUUUGUUUGUAUGUUGAACUUCUUUCACACUUACGUUGCCAACCACGUAAAUCAGAGGUGUGGGGAGGGACAACCAACUUCCACUUGUAGUUUUGUUUGAAAUAGUGCUGUGAAUCUACUCCUGGCUCGUGCUCUCACCCAGAGCCCACAUUCUCUAUUCUGUCUCCAUGUAUGUGAGAGAUGGCAGUACAGCAAGUAGGCUGUCGACCGUUGUGUACACUGGUUGUACUGAGAUGUGGCACACUGCGAUCUGAGUUCUCCAAUGUGCUCACCAGUAUGAGUGUUGUCGAUAAUGCAGGAUCCUCUUUAAAUAGUCUUAGUCUCGGCGAGGCUCUCCUGGGUAAAUCAUGUUAUUUUUAUUAACAAAUGUUGCUCUAUUUUGCCGAUUCAUUAAGUUAUUGCCAUAACGCAUUAAUUUCCCUGCAAUGAUUAUACCAACUAUGCUAAGCUCUCCUUCCCGUACAAAGGGAAGCGCCUGACUCGCACCCCCGGUGCAGUCCCUCAGGCUGGUGCACACGGGUGUCACCGUGACCCACGGUGAGGACGUGGAGAGAAGAGAAAGGGGAGGUGGCGACCGGGCCCUUGGCUCGGUCGGUCUGGUGCGGCUGCCGAAUCUGGGGAAUUUUUUAAAAGCACAAACGCGCGUCGGCAUCAGAUCCCUGGUGUCAUCCGAAUCAAGGUUAAUGGUAAAAAUGCGUUUUGAGUACAAAUAUUUACAAAUAAUCCCAUUGCGUCGAGUUUAUAUAGAACCUCGCGUCUACGAGUGUGACAUUGCAGCGUAGAUCUGUAGGCAGGUUCCCCUGCACGCGUAUGUAUGUGUGCAUACAUGAUGUGUGUUUUAAGCUGGAUUUUUAAUGCCAAUGUUAGUAUUUACACAGAUGUGUUUUUAAAUUAUUGUUUUCUAAGCAUCAAUAAUGACGCAGUUUAUUCCGCGAUGACUUUUGCACGCUCGUGUUCAACUGCGAUCCAGCAUUUGUGAUCUCUUAGAUUCCUUGUCCUUAGAAGAAGACGCCAUCCCAUAAUCACACGGUUCCUCAAUCCAUUAGCUUCCCACCCAGGCCGUGUCCCACUGGAGCGUGAACAGUUCAAUUGGAAAGUAUAGACGAUAUUACGAGCAAAUCACGUCCGAUCACGAAAGCCGAGCAUGGUUGAGCCAAAUGCGGACCAUCUUAAAAACGCCAUGAAAUUUGGACUUCCCUGGUUAAACGAAGGGAAUUGUUAUUGUUGUCACUGUGAGAGCAUGGGCAGCUUUCUCAUGAUAACACUCUGUGAUGUCCCUGCAGUAAUACAUUCACAUUUAUGUCUCAUGUUCCCUAAUUAAAUACUUGGCUGAUGUUAAAUUCUUAUAUUUUUCUCACCAACGAAGCUUCAAGAGUGUGGAGUAUACACGGCAUAGGUGUGUAGCUACAAGAUGAUGGCCAUGUGCUUUGGGUUGUAUCUUUAUAGGAGAAGGAACUAGACUUGUAGUAAUUUAAAGGAAUUUAACCCUCGUAUUUUCAUGACAUGGACCUUCGGGAACACGGCCUCCUCGUGGCUCGAGGCGUCCUGUCGUCAGGCCGUGAAGAUGGUGGAAUAACGACGGCAUUUUUACCAAAUCUCAAGAACCGUUAUUUAUUUCAAACAACCCUUGCCAGCCAUACGAAGGGAGCCCCAUUCAUCUCCGCUGGAAGCCAGGUGUGAGCCCAAAUUCGGGUUCCAGUCGCCCUUCAUGACACCGGGUUCUGAAGUGUAACAAGGUGUGAAGUGUAACAAGGUGAUGGUCUCAGCCCGCUCACCAAUGAGUACAUGAAAAACAACCAUCUGAGUUCUAAAAUAUUACCAUGUUGGAUGACUGACACCAUGCAGACAGAGGACAGCUCUUGACACCACAGCACAUGCUGGGCGAGACGUGCACAUUGAAGGGACUCGACUGACUGGUCGCAUAAAAUACCAUAAUUGAUGUGAAAUUAAAUAAACCAUUUGUUUAUAUACAGAGCUGGGAGUGCAGGGCAUCCCAGGGUACUUUACAACAGUGGUUCACCUGGGGUGCACGCACGCACCCCAGGUGUGAGACAUAUGGGCAGAUUUUUUUAGAAGGUAAAUCAUGGAAACACAAAUUAAGUAUGGGUACGUAAGUACAACUACUUUGUUUCAUUAAACCUCUGUAUUUGUUAACGUAAAUUGUUUUACGAUUGAGAACCAAAGGGGUGCAAGGCUGCAGUAAAGGGUAAGAACCACUGCUUUACAAGAACAAACAUCUAAAACCUCAAGCCAUUGCCGAAUCAUCAAACUCAAAAAGCAGGUAGCUCACAUCAAUGUUUAAAAGUUUUAUUUAACAAAUUUAAUUGCAAUUUCUGAUGCAAGUCGGAGUCAUGUUCCGAAGGCAGGGAGAUGGCCGUGGAGGUGGCUGUGUGGCCAUGUCUACCGGGUCCACUCCCUGGCAAGCUCCGAGUCCCUGCUGAGUGAGGGAGUCCGUGGUCCUAGUACUAAUGACUCUCAGACUCGAGUGUGGUGCUGCUGCUGCUUGUGGUUAAAUCCUGGUGCGCCGGUACAUUGGGCGCGGUGCUUCUUUUCGCCCUCUUCAGAGCACGGCGUGCGGUGAAGGUGGCGCCGUGUUGAUGUUCUCUCUAUACUGUGGCGGUGCGAUUCCACUCCCUGACAAAUAAACAGUGGUGCACACGG